AUGGCCGCCUCUUCAUCCACAGCUGCGCCAUGGACCGAACUGCCUGACGAUUUGACGGUGAAUAUCCUGCAAAGGUUGGACAUCGCAGACAUAGUAAUGGGUGCGCAGCUAGUCUGCAGUACAUGGUGGAGAGUCUGCAAAAAUCCUGCCAUGUGGCGCAUGAUCGAGCUAAAGCUUGAUGGUUUUGAAGUGGAUAACUUCCUAAACUACAUAGUUCAGCGAUCGAGUCAGCUUCUACGCCUUACACUCAAAACCAAUUAUACAAUAAUGACUGCUGAGGCACUAAAGAAACUCCCACAAUUGGAAGAGUUGCACCUUAUCACGACGCAUCGCCUCAGUCCUGAAGAUUUUGAAACCAUUGGCUUCGCUUGCCCAUUAUUGAAAUCACUCACAUACACCAACCGUUGGGUCUCAAACGACGAAUAUAGUUUAAUCAGGACUAGAAGCUCUAGGUGUUAUCAGGAUAUCGGAUUUUCACAACAAGCUGUAGCAAUUGCAAACACCAUGCCUAAUUUGCGACAUCUCCGACUUUCUGGAUAUUUUUGUUUGGGGAAUAAAGGACUGGAAGCGAUUCUCGAUGGAUGCACCCACCUUCAAUUGCUUCAUCUCGGGGAAUGCCCUGGUUUUCUACCAAGUGCUCUAUACAAAAGAUGUUAUGAGCAAAUAAAAGAGUUCUCACUUUGA